UGAAGGCGCUUGGUAAAAUAAAAUCAUAUUUUUUUUAUUAAUUUCUUUAUAUUGGUCAUAGUUAGAAUAUAUUAUUUUUCAUAACAUGGAUCAGAUUCAAACCAUAUGUGUGUAUGUACAUAUGUAAUUCGAAUCAUUCAUGAAGUUUAAAGUUAAAGGAAUGUAGAGGGCCAGAAAUCGGCGAGAACAUAUGCAUAGAGGGCCACGAAAUCAUGUGCGAACAUUGAAACAUAUUGACCUAACGUGAGCAAAGUGGAAAUCUGUUUCCCACUUACAUACAUGAUAUGUCAGUAUUAUCAUUUUAUUUUAUACAUGUAUAAAUACUCUUAAGUAUAAAUAAUGUUUUACACAAGUAGACAGAAUAUUAAACUAUAUAAUAAUCGAUUAAUAUGAGAAUGAUGAUGAUAGCAACCAAACAAUUUUUGUACUAUAAACAGUAAAGAAAGAGCAACUGUAAUGAAAUGUCUUAUUAACUCAUAAAUAUCUACUAUAUUGGUUUUUUAUUAUUUGUGUUGCGAAUUAUUACUGUUGUAUUUUUGACAAAAUGAAGCGGGCACGAAUAAAGGCUACAGUUACUGUUCCAACAAGACGGAAAACGACACAAGAAAAUGUUAACACAGAAUCUACAUCUACAACUGAUUGCAUUGAGAAAUCUAACAAUGAAGUUAAUGAUACUUCUUCAAUAUUACAACAACAAACUUCGGAGGAUAAUGUCCAAGAAACACAACCACAGGAUGUUCCAAUAACAGUAGAACAAAUAAAAAUUGAAAUGAUCCAUGAAAAUGUCUCACUUAAAAAUGGGAUCAAACGAAGUUUUGAUGAAUUGAGUAAAGAAAUUAUACAACCGUUGGAAAACACAAAUACAACAGAAUUAGGUUCUCCUACAAAAUUAUCACAGAGCAGAUUAAGUUUUAUGAGGCCAGUACCUAAAUUAAAUAGUAGUGGCAGAGUAAGAAGGAAUAGUGUACAAGGAAGUGGAGCUAGUGCAAGUGAAUCGGAAGAUGAUAGCAAGAGAACAAAUUCUAUCGCUAACAAUCAUACAAAAAAUGAUUUAGUUCAUACAGCAGAAGCUACUAAGGACACAGUUGUUAAUAAUACUAAAAUGUCUAGUUUAACAAAAUCGAAAAUGGGUCAAAAGAGACGUGUCUUAGUAUCUGAAUCUGCAAGGAAAUUAGCUGAUGCUAGAAGAGAAUUCAAUUUGAAACAUGAAAAUAAGAUACCAGAUAGAAGCAAACUUACUAUGUAUGAUCUAAUACAUUAUAAUCCAGUUACAAAUCCUAUGAAAAAAUCUAAAGAUUCUGAAACGGUAGCAAGAAAACUUUCAACAUGCCAACCUGACGAAUUACAAGAAGAAGAAAAUGAGGAUGACCCAUCAUCUGCAAUGCCUGUACCUCAAGUAAAAGUAGGACCAGAUGGCCAACUAAUAAUAGAUGAACAAAGUCUUGUUAUAGAGCAAACCAAUGCAAAAAAGAAUCGUGAAAUGUUAGCCAAGGAAGCUAUUAUUGAUGAUGAUACUGGAGGUGGAUUUUAUAAAAAACGUCAAAAAAGUAAAGAAUGGCCCAAAUGGGAAACUCUAAAAUUUUAUAAAGCAUUAAAUACAGUUGGUACUGAUUUCCUGUUGAUGCAAAGUCUUUUUCCAAAUAGAACACGUCAGGAAAUUAAAAUCAAAUUUAAAAAAGAAGAAAAAAUAAAUAGAAAUCUGAUAGAAAAAGCACUCGAGUAUCACCAAGAAUUUGAUACUGAAUUACUAGAAAAAUCAUUCGCUUUGUUGGAAAAAUCAGAAAAAGAGUUUUGUACUACACAAGAAAAAAAAAAGCAAAAGUUAUCAAGGAAUUUCGAAAAAAUUAAAAAAGCAGAUAGAAAACGAAGAUGCAGAAUCGUAGCAACUAGUAUUGCAGAAAUGGAUGCAUCAGAUGAAGAAGAAGGUUCAGAUUCAAAGGUACAAAACGAAAAUAUAGAAGAUAAUGAACACCAACAAUCUCUUAAAAAAACUCAUAAAAAAAAACGCAAAAAAAUUAAGGACGAAAAGAGAACAUCAGAAGUACCAUUAAUGGAAACGGAAGAUGUUGAAUCAUUAAGUGUAUGCUCAGGUUUUGAUAGUGAUACGGAAAUUUAUCAUGUACGACCAACUAGAUCCGGAAGAUUACCGAAAGUAAAAAAACUGCAAGGACCAGACAUAAAUACACUUGAUAAUGAAAGAUUGAAUUAUGAUUCAAGUGAUCAGGAAUGUACAACAUUGCCAAAAAAUACUACAAAAGAUCUGGAUAACAUAGUUUUUGAAAAUGCUAAUAGUAACCCAGAAAUGAAUUAUGCAAAUUCUGUUAAAACAGUCAUACCAAAUAUUAGUAACGUAGAACCAGGAUCCUUGCUCAUUUUGUCAAAAGAAUCUCCAGAGGAGCCUGGGAAAAGUGUUCUACAAGUUUACAUGAUUAGUUCCAACGUUAACUCCUCAGAAAAUAUUAAGGAACAAAUCGCCACACCUACAAAUUUACCACCAGAACUUUUAGCAACGGUAACCACUAGAUUAUCAAAUGCAGAAUCAAUUGCAGUCAAAGAAGAGUACGAAUAAUCGAAUAUAAACCAUUUCCCAGAGUAUAUGAUAUUAAAAAAUACAAGUCAUGUUCAUAAAUCAA